UGUCAUGGCUUCAGCCCGCCUCUCCCUCUCUCGGGUGCCGCUGCAUCGUCACGUGACCGGCAAUGACCCUCUCCCAUUCUCCGCGCUGCUUUUCUUCCCCCCCCUCUCCUCUCUCUCACUUUUUUUUUUUAUUAUUAUUAUUCCUCCUGUCCCCCUGCCGGCCGCUGGAUCACGUGACUCUAUAAAGCGGGUUGCCGCCUUGAGUCGGGCACAGCUGAGUAGAGUGGAGCGAUGGCGGCGGCAGCGGCGGGUCCCGGGAGGGAGCGGGAGCUCCCGCCUCGCAUGGAGGGCACAAGUUCAGAUCAAAUCCUUCAGACAGGAACCAUUCUUCUCAAAAGCUUUAUCAGGGAUCGGGUACAGUGCUGUGGAGAUUCGGAACGCAUUGAGGUGACCAUGGCAGAGCUUAACAAUCCAGAGGCUCAGGCUUGUAACUCCAAUACCAAAUCACUAAGUGACUGCCUGCGCCGGAUUGGAGAUGAGCUGGAUGGAAACACGGAGCUGCAGAGGAUGAUAGAACAAGUUCAGAUGUAUCCCCCCAAGGAAGUUUUCUUUCGAGUGGCUGCUGAGAUGUUCUCGGACGGUGCUUUUAACUGGGGCCGUGUGGUGGCAUUGUUUUAUUUUGCAUGCAAGUUGGUCCUAAAAGUAGUGUGCAGUAAAUUACCAGAGCUCCUAAGGACUGUCAUCAGCUGGACUAUGGAAUAUAUCCAGGAACAUGUCCUGUCCUGGAUCCAAGCCCAGGGAGGAUGGGAAGGCCUCCUCUCCUUUUUUGGCACCCCCACUUGGCAAACCAUUGCUGUCUUUGCUGCAGGGGUCUUGACUGCCUCACUGACCUUCUGGAAGAUGUCUUAAUCCUCAGCCUCCUCCUCCUCAAAGAGGACCUUUUCCUUACAAGAACAAGUGGAGGAGGGGCAGGUUCCCCCCCCCCACCAUUUCCUAACCAAGAAAGAAAACGUUUUAGGAUUCCUUUUCAGACCUGUGAUUUUUAAAACAAAUGCUGUUGCUCAUAUUUGGUGCCUUUUUUUCAAAAAAGGUACACACUUUUUUGUUUUGAUGAGUGUGUACUUCUUGCUUGCUUUUUCCAAUCAAUCAGCCUCUUGGACUUAGAGGUCCGAAGACAUUAAGAUUCUACAGUUUUGAAACAAUGACGGGGAACAAGGUUAAAGGAUGGCAGUGAUUUGUUCUCUCUGCCAACAACUUGCAAAUGACUGCUAAAUGUUUAUACUGAUUUUUGGAAGAUUAAUCCCAGAUUUCUUCUGCCAGCAGUCAGAGCAGUACAUUUGUCCAGCAUCCUCAGAUUAGAUGUUUUCUAAGGGAUCCGUGCAAACAAGUUUUGAUACUUUAUGUUUUCCUUUCCUCGAACAGAAACUGAAUUUUGGCAAUAUCCUGAGAGAAAACCAAGUUCUCUCCUUAUUAAACUUCGAAUAAAUUACACUUCUGCUGGUAAAUCUUUUUUUUAAAAAAAACAAAAACCAACAACAACAGGUCACUGAUCUGGUCACAAUCAAAGUAGAGGAAACAUUUGCAACUAUUGAUGUGUACAGGACUUUUUGAGCUGACUUUUUACACAGGAACUGUAUUGCUGGAAAAUGAGAAUUUGGAAGCCAUCCUUCGUUCUGCCAGAUCUGUGUUUUUCUGUAGAAAUGCUCUGAGGGACACUAAAUAGAAACAUGUUCUAAUCUAAAUGGGUCUGUCCCCAGUCCAAACAAACAGAAGGUGAGAAAAAUGCUUUAUAAAAGCAACAUGUCUCCAGGUGGAACACAGAAGGCAUCACAAGAUUGAGACGAAAUGACUGGAAGAUUCCCUUCCCUUUACUGCUUCAUUCUGUCCUCAUAGAAAAUAACUUUUCACUUGCCUUGGAGAUCUGAGUCAAGAAAUGGAGAAGAGAGAAUGCAAAGGGCUUCUGAUCUAUUUAUUCUACAAGAAUUUUUUUUCAUUGCUCGCUUCUUCUCCGUUUCUAUAUUUUACCUCAGCCUUCCCCAAUCUUGUGAUCUCCGGAGGUUUCUCAAAUAAUAUUCUGGUUGGGAAUUCUGGAAGUUGCAUUCUUAAUCGAUUUAGAAGGGGCCAAGUUAAGGAAACCUGUUGACUCGAAUCACCCUUGGGGUUUCUUUAGUCUUUAGACUCGGCCAAAUAAAAAAGAAAUCUCCAGGAAAUCCAGCAAAUCAUACUCUCUUCUACCAUGUCCUAGUACUUUGUAUCUCAUUAUAGCUGUGAUAACGGUUGAGACAUUUGGCUGCAUGUGACUAUUGUGGGGUUGUUUGCUUUUUUGGCUACAUUACUUCUUUAUUUUCAUGUGUGCAAUGAUAAACAUUGUGACUGCAGAUCUAUGUGCAAAAGAUGGAGUGUCUGCAUAUAUGCCCACAAAGUAUGCCCACAUAUUGAUAUCCAUCUUGAAUUAUGGAUUUCAUGUUGAUAUUUAUUGAUGUGCAGGAAAUAUUUAUCAUUCUCAGAUCAGGAAUAGAAACGUGAUCCUCCAGAUCAAUGGUUAAAUGCCUAUGGAGAGUCUCAGUCAUCCAUGUCAUAGUUUGCCCAACGAUGGGACAACUGUGGGACUCCAGGUCAAUGUUUCUCAAUCUCGGCAAUUUAAAGACAUGUGGACUUCAGCUUCCAGAAUUCCCCAACCAGAAUUCUGGGAAUUGAAGUCUACACUUCUUCAAGUUGCCACAGUUGAGAAACACUGCUCAAGAUGCUGCUGAAUUAAAAAUCCCAACUGCCUCAGCCUCCAUGGGUGUUGUUGGGAAAUUGUGCUUCAGCAGCCUCUAAUGAGGAGGCCACAUAUUCCCACCCCUGCUUUGAACUUUUCCCAAAAGUGUUUACACUCACUUUUAUCUUCCAGUCGAUCAAUGGAUAAUCAAAAUGUGUCUUUACACUUCUGUACAAUGUUUGCCUUCCAAAUGAAUCUUUUCAAGCUA